GCUGGCGGAAAAUGCAUCUCACACUUGAGCUGAGUUCUUGCAGUGCAGACACCUCCAAGUCAGAGCUCCCUCAGUCGCAUCCUUCGCCAUGUUCGCCCAGACUCUCUUCGUUUUGGCACUGAUCCUGUCCGCGGUGGUGGCCAUUCCCAUCGAUCCGUACGGACUAUCUUCGCCGGGACUCACGUACGCGGCACCCAAACUCCUGGCCGCUCCUGCCAUCUCCUAUGCCGCCCCCAAGGUCCUGGCUGCUCCGGCCAUCUCGUACGCGGCUCCCUCCAUCUCCUACGCUGCUCCCAAGCUGCUGGCUGCUCCGGCCAUCAUCCAGCAUGCCGCUCCCGCCGUCGCCGUGGCCAAGGUGGCCGUGGCGGAGCCCUACGACCCCAAUCCGCAGUACAGCUUCUCGUACGGCGUCACUGACCACCACACCGGCGACUCGAAGCAGCAGGAGGAGACCCUCGUGAACGGCGUCGUCCACGGCAGCUACUCCCUGGCCGAGCCGGACGGCACCAUCCGGAAGGUGACCUACACGGCGGACAAGAUCAACGGCUUCAACGCGGUGGUGGAGAAGAAGGGCGUGGCCGCGGUGGCGAUCGCCAAGCCGGCGAUUGCGGUGGCCGCCGUUCCCGCGAUCACCAAGAUUGGAUACGCCGCGGCACCUGCCCUCAGCCUGGGUGGCCUAGGUGGCUACCACUAGGACGGGGUGGGAGAAGAACUCCCCCUCGAGCGACGACAAAACCCGCUGGCCCUUUGUUUUUGCAGGACCGUUGUUGAAUAGUUCUAAUACCAACCACGAUUAACCCAAAUACCCGUCUAUCAGUCAAAUCCCGGAACACGAGGACGUGCGUACUGUUGCCCGCGCUGCUGAUUCAAUGAUCCACCGAUCCACACUCCCCCUCCGACCGAUCGGUUGGAUACUACAUCACUAUGUCACUAUACCACACUAUAUACCGCCACCACAGACUAUGUUUAGGGAUACCGUUCUGGGGAUCUGGGGAACGGCUGUCGGCCACUUAGCGAAUUAGUAUCUGCAUUUACUGAAUAAAAGUUUCGGUACAAAAAAA